AUGGCACCUCCCGCUGCAAUGAUCCCUACUGCCGCCGCCGCCGCCGCCGCCGCCACCGCUGCCAUCGCAGGUCAGAUGCCUGGGACCACACCGACCAUUCCUGGAAUGUUCCCAAACAUGUUUCCUAUGGAACUAGGACAGUUUGGAGCUCUCCCUGUUAUGCCAGUUCAAGCGAUGACAGAGCAGGCUACUAGACAUGCUCGACGAGUCUACGUAGGUGGACUUACUCCCACUGCCAAUGAACAGUCCGUGGCAACCUUCUUUAGUCAUGUUAUGUCUGCAAUAGGAGGAAACACUGCCGGUCCAGGAGACGCCGUUGUGAAUGUUUAUAUUAACCAUGAGAAGAAAUUUGCUUUUGUGGAGAUGAGAUCUGUUGAAGAGGCUAGCGUUCUGUAUCUAUUCUUAAUGCUGACAUAUUGCUCUCUUAAGAUGCACUCUAUUUCAUUAGCACCAGUUUCCCAAAAUGCCCCUGCAUACAAUUUCGUGCUGGGAGCACCUGUAAAAGUCAGAAGACCUAGUGAUUACAACCACUCACUGGCUGCUACUCUUGGCCCGAGUCAACCUAUUCCAAAUUUGAACCUUGCAGCUGUUGGAUUAACACCAGGUUCUGCUGGCGGCCUUGAGGGCCCUGACCGUAUUUUUGUGGGCGGUUUACCGUAUUAUUUCACGGAAGCACAGAUCAGGGAGUUGCUGGAGUCUUUUGGUCCAUUGCGACGUUUUGAUCUGGUGAAAGAUAGAGAAACAGGAAACUCCAAAGGCUAUGCAUUUUGCGUUUAUCAGGAUUUAUCAGUUACGGAUAUCGCUUGUGCAGCUCUUAAUGGUAUUAAAAUGGGUGACAAAACUCUUACAGUUAAGCGAGCUAACCAGGGUACGACUCAACCUAAACCUGAGCAAGAGAGUGUGUUAUUGCAUGCUCAGCAACAAAUAGCAUUGCAGAGAUUCAUAUUACAACAACCUGGUGCUCCAGCCACAAAGGUUUUGUGCCUAACAGAAGUGGUUAACCCGGAUGAGCUCAGGGAUGAUGAAGAUUACGAGGACAUAUUAGAAGACAUGAGAACAGAAUGUGGGAAAUUUGGUACUUUGACGAAUGUGGUCAUUCCACGCCCAAGUCCCAAUGGCGAACCAACACCAGGUUUAGGAAAGGUUUUCUUGGAGUAUGUCAAUGUUGAAAGCGCUACAAAAGCACGGCAGGGACUGAAUGGAAGGAAGUUUGGUGGAAAUCAAGUUGUGGCGGUCUUUUAUCUGGAGAAUAAGUUCUCUGAAGGAGAUUAUGAUGGCUAG